CUAGGAAAUCAACCAAUUUGAGGCGAGAGUGCACCCAUUUUUGGCUCCGGGUCUGGGCAGACCAGGCACCUCUCUCUCUUUCUCUCUCCUCUCGCAAGUUCAUCACUCUUCUUUCUUCUUCGCUAAUUUCUAUGGCUGUUCCUCUUCUCUGACACAUAUUCUCCCCUUUUUUUUCUUCUAUUCACACAAACAUAGAGUUUAUAUACCAAUUAACCCACUUUCUCUUUUCUGGAUUACCCUUUGAACAGGACAGGAGUUCAUGCAUUUACCUUGAAGUGAUCAAUAGAAAUCAUAUCAUUUGGUUGUUUGGUAUUAAAUUUUGUGACUGGUGGGCUGUUUUUAAUUUUAGCCUGACCACAUCAUGCCCGUGUUGAAGAAAAUAUACAAUGCUUGCAAGGAUUCAUUCACGCCGACUGGUCCAAUCUCCGAGGAAGCUCUUGAAAAAGUUCGUGCAAUUUUAGAUGACUUAAAGCCUGCGAAUGUGGGUCUUGAGCAGGAGGCAGUAGCAGCGCAAAAAUGGAAACCUCUUAAUGGUAGCAAUGGUAGAAAAGGCCGCAAUGGCAGCCAGCAGCAGUAUCCUCCCCCCAUAAAGUAUCUGCACAUCCAUGAAUGCGAAAAAUUCUCUAUAGGAAUAUUCUGCAUGCCGCCCUCAUCAAUCAUACCUCUGCACAAUCAUCCCGGUAUGACUGUGUUAAGCAAGCUAUUAUACGGCUCUUUACAUGUAAAGUCAUAUGAUUGGGUUGACAUGCCUGAGCUCCCUGAGUCAUGCCGAGCUAGACCUGCCAAAUUGGCAAGAGAUUGUGAAAUGAGAGCUCCUUGCAGUUCAACGGUUUUGUAUCCAACAAAAGGUGGGAACAUCCACUGUUUCAAAGCCAUAACGCCCUGUGCCAUCUUUGACAUACUUACCCCUCCAUACUCUGCGGAGGAUGGGCGACACUGCUCUUAUUUCAGAAGAGUUCCUAGUAAAGGCUUGCCUGAUGAUAUUGGCGAACAACUAGAAGGUGUAAAUCUCGACGAAAUUGUAUGGUUAGAAGAGACUCCACCUGCAGAGAACUUUGUGGUUUUGCGUGGGCAGUAUAAAGGCCCUUUGGUGAAGAAACCUUAGGAUUUUAUGGGGUCGUUAUGUACAAUAUCAUUGAACAGACGAGCGCUGAACAACAUGGAGAUGGCCAUUUCAGGUUAUUGAAGGAUUUCUCACGCUGCUAGUUGUAGUAAUAAUUGCUCUGAGAAGCCGAGAAGAGAGUCUGAAAUAUUGGAGAGGGGUUAACUUGUACAUAUGGAUGGAUUUUCACUUGGAUCUAUGACACUCAUUUGUCACAGGUGAUAGCUUGAGAGUCUGCUUUAACAUGUUAAAUCCACAUAUUACCUUGUUCAUUAUCUGUAUUUUCCGCCACUAUUUAUCCUUAUAAACUUUGAAAUUACGUUA